AACUCAUGAGAACAAUGUCAGUUGGGUUUAGUAGUUGUAAAAUUUCAAAUGUGAUUUGUUGACUUUCAUCUGCGGUAUAAUGUGCAUUUGUUCAACUCGUGUACUCAAAUACAGUCUUUUGGCAUUCAUACAUAUUGCCGCAGGAUUUAAUGGCGCGCAAAUAGCAAAGGACAUCACUUUAAUGGAUAAACUGGUGGGUCACCAUCAUGUUAUACUUAUUAUAAGUUUAGCACUCUGUGUCAUUAUACUAGUUGUUCUCUUAGUUGCCAUAUUUGCAGCGAUUCGUAAUCACAUAUUGGCUUUAAACGUGACUCUCAUUAUCCUGAUUAUUAAGGUUGUAGCAAAGGCGGUUAUCGUAAUUGUGUGCACAGUAACCAUAGAAACAAGUAUAGCAAAUACUGCCGCCCAUCUUUGGUUCUUUCUGUGCUGGAAAUUUACGACUUGCUGUAUGAUCUUAAAUCUUUUCUAUUAUAUGCGGCUAACAGAGCCUUCAAGUGAAGCUGUCUAAUUCCUAUUAAGGAAAUUUAUUGCUUUCUUCAAUCUUCAGCAGGAUGUGCUUUUGUCCCACAAUUGUUCUCAA